UAGGCUACAGAUUCACGGGAAAUGACAAAACAGAUUGAGAGGGGGCACUUUCUUGAAUGACAAAUCAACCCCACCUCGUAUGUCGGUUAAUUAGUUGAUGCCAAGUCACUUUUAACAUUACUUCUCCUUCUCUCUUUACACAAUACAUAUAUCAAACUGCUGCUGCAAGAGAAUUGAAGAAAACAGAGAAAUGGAGGCCUUUUACUUUCUUGUUUUUGGUUUUCUGGCGGCAGUUGUUGCUGCCUUGGAGCUUAGCAAAAGCAUCAAAGACCGAAUCAAUACCCCCUCUUCUUUCAAUGUUUUCAAGAACAACUACCUCCUUGUUUACUCUCUCAUGAUGUCCGGAGAUUGGCUGCAGGGUCCCUAUGUUUACUACCUUUACAGCCAGUACGGAUAUAGUAAAGGAGAUAUUGGGCAGCUCUUUAUUGCUGGUUUUGCAUCCUCUAUGUUUUUUGGAACAAUUGUUGGGUCCUUGGCUGACAAACGGGGCCGCAGGAGAGCAUGUGUAACUUACUGUAUGACUUAUAUCCUAAGCUGCAUCACCAAACAUUCUCCUCAGUACAAAGUUUUGAUGUUGGGACGUAUAUUGGGAGGCAUUGCCACUUCUCUACUCUUCUCAGCCUUUGAGUCUUGGCUUGUUGCAGAGCACAAUAAGAGGGGUUUUGAUCAACAAUGGCUUUCAAUAACGUUCUCCAAGGCUGUAUUUCUUGGAAAUGGUUUAGUAGCUAUUAUCUCUGGGUUGUUUGCUAAUUUACUGGUUGAUACUCUGGGCUUAAGCCCAGUUGCUCCUUUUGACGCGGCUGCAUGCUUUCUUGCCAUUGGCAUGGCAAUUAUAUUGUCAUCGUGGACUGAGAACUUUGGAGACUCUUCAGAUAACAAGAAUUUGCUUGCCCAGUUCAGGAGUGCUGCUGUUGCCAUUGCUUCUGAUGAGAAGGUUGCAUUGUUGGGCGCUAUACAAUCUCUAUUUGAAGGUUCAAUGUACACUUUUGUGUUCCUUUGGACUCCUGCCCUGAGCCCAAAUGAUGAGGAAAUACCACAUGGGUUCAUAUUCGCAACUUUCAUGCUGGCUUCAAUGUUGGGAAGCUCAUUUGCCGCUCGACUUUUGGCCCGUUCAUCUCCAAGAGUUGAGAGCUAUAUGCAGAUUGUUUUUGUAGUCUCUGCGGCUUCUCUCCUGCUUCCCAUUUUAACAAAUUUCUUGGAUAUACCUUCUGGCACAAAAGGUGGUGGCAUUUCAUUUUCUGGCUGCAUUCAGCUCCUUGGCUUCUGCACAUUUGAAGCUUGUGUGGGGAUAUUUUGGCCAUCUAUCAUGAAGAUGAGGUCCCAAUAUAUUCCCGAGGAGGCUAGGAGCACCAUCAUGAAUUUCUUUCGCAUUCCUCUCAACAUGUUUGUCUGCAUUGUGUUGUACAAUGUUGAUGCAUUUCCCAUCACCAUCAUGUUUGGCAUGUGCUCGAUUUUCCUCGUCAUGGCAUCUGUACUGCAGAGGCGGCUAAUGGUGAUUGCAGAAGGUCAAAAGUCGAGAUCAGAAGAUUGGACAGCAAUGAAGAGAGAUACAGAGACAGAACCUCUGAAUAUUUGAUUCAGUUUGAGGAAUAAAACUUCUGAAUUAAGUUUGCAACCUGCCAUCUUCUUGUUUUUGUUCCAAACUGCAAUGUAAUUAUUGAAGAGAGGAAGAAUUAUGGGUUUCAGUCCUUAUUGAUAUUACAGUACUAUGGACAUUCAAGCCGUGAGUACAAAGUCUGGAAUUAUUCCAAGGUGAAAGAAUGACUAGACUUGGCGCUUUUAGAUAGCUAUUUUUUCUCACUUUUCUUUCUUUUCCAAGUAUUGUAGACUUACGCUGCACAACGUCUCAAUAUAUCUCCUCAAAUGUUGAUACAGAAAUGUGUUACAUUGCUCUGUGCACAGAUUAAAGUACCUUUGAAUUCAUCUCAGAAUUGAUAUAAUCAAAAUGAACUUUUCUCCGAUAU